AGAAGCGAAGGCUGGCCAGCGGUACAGAGAGCGUCAUCUCCAAGGGCGAGGCCAUCAGCAAAGACAAAGAGAGACGCAACCUGUCCGUGUGUGUAGGCUGUGGGUCACAGAUCACCGACCAAUACAUCAUGCAGGUGUCACCUGACCUCUGCUGGCACGCCGCCUGCCUCAAGUGUGCCGACUGUGAGCAGUACCUGGACGAGUCGUGCACUUGUUUCGUACGUGACGGAAAAACUUAUUGCAAGCGAGAUUAUGUCAGAUUGUUCGGCACCAAGUGUUCCCGGUGCGGACUUGGCUUUUGUCGGGAAGACGUGGUGAUGAGACCAACUAAGAGCACGGUGUAUCACCUCAACUGCUUCCGUUGCAUCGUCUGCAACAAACCACUGGUCACCGGCGAUGAAUUCGCCAUUCGGGAGGACGGUAUUUUCUGUCGAGCUGACCACGACGUGGUUGACCGGUCCGUCACAGCAUCUCCGUGCCAGGAUAUAGGUAGCCCCGAGAGCGCGUACGGCAGCAACAACAACAAUGUUAUUUGUAAUAAUAACAACAGUAUUCAAAGUAACAUUAAUAAUAAUAACAAUAACAACAACAACAAUACCACAGGCAGCGGUCGCGGAGACAAAUCCUCGCGGAGUAGCCACAAGUCUGACCAUAAAACCACCCGGGUUCGAACAGUGCUCAACGAGAAACAGCUGCACACGCUCCGUACGUGCUACAACGCCAACCCGAGACCUGACGCCCUGAUGAAGGAACAGCUCACAGAGAUGACCGGUCUCAGCCCGAGGGUGAUCCGAGUCUGGUUCCAGAACAAGAGAUGCAAGGAUAAGAAGAGAUCGAUACUCAUGAAACAAAUACAGCAGCAACAGGAGAAGAACGGAGGCGGAUUGAGCCGGCCGCUGCAGGGGGUUCCCAUGGUAGCCUCCAGUCCUGUUCGCCACGAGCCGCCCUUGGGCAUGCAGGGAAACCCAGUGGAGGUGCAGAGCUACCAGACGCCGUGGAAAGCUCUGUCGGAGUUCGCCAUGCAAGGGGAUAUGGACCAGCCUCACGCACCCUUUCAGCAACUGAUGUCAUCGUUUGACCACAUGGACCCUGGCAUUCACAGCCCACCCCAUCACGCAGACGUCAUGUUGCAGUCUCGGCUGGCUCGGAGUCCCGUUCACGGGGAUCUGAUGAUCCAUCAUGGUUACCUACACUCUGACGACAUGAUUGGCUCCGUGGGCUCGGACUUUUCUGGGUCGACGUCCGAGCUCUCACACAGCCCCAUUUCUCAUUAA